AUACAGCCUGUUGCACCCUGCCGUAUCCCAAUCUGCUACUUUUAUCCUUCUUUUCACUCUUCUCUUCCUUCUGCUUCCUCUUCUUCAAUGGCUACUGAUCUUUCUCUUUCAUUUGCUUUCUUGUAUGAAUUUUCCCAUUCGAUUUUCUGAUCUUCAAAAAUCCUACUGGUGUAGACUCAGAGAGUGAGAGAGAGAGAGAGAGAGAAAGAGAGAGAUCGAAAACACCCAUUUAUUUAUUUUUUCCCAUUGACCCUCUCUUGCUUUAACCAAAACCCAUGGAUCCGUGCCCUUUUGUGCGGAUCCUCAUUGGAGACUUGGCCCUCAAGUUUCCAAUCGCUUCCAAACCCUCAUUCUCCGGCAUACACCCGUCGUCUUCUCCAUGUUUCUGUAAGAUAAAGCUCAAGAACUUUCCGGCACAGUUAGCGACUAUACCUCUGAUCCCAAUAGAUAGCAGGAGUGGUACUAGUACGGAUACAAGCUCUCAUACCCUCGCCGCUUGUUUCAAUUUGAACAAGACCCAUAUUGAAAAGCUCGCCGGGAAACAAACCUGUUUGAAGAUUUCGGUUUUCACGGGUCGGAGAGGGACGACUUGCGGGUUCAACGCUGCGAGGUUGCUUGGGAGGGUUAUGGUUCCGUUGGAUCUGAGUUCGGCGGAGACUAGGCCGGCUUUUGUUUUUCAGAAUGGAUGGGUUGGUAUCGGAGAGAACAAGAAGGGUUCGUCGGCACAGUUACAUUUGAAUGUUCGUGCUGAGCCCGAUCCUAGAUUCGUAUUCCAGUUUGAUGGGGAACCUGAGUGUAGUCCACAGGUUUUUCAGGUUCAAGGGAAUGUUAAACAGCCGGUUUUCACUUGCAAGUUUGGUUUCAGAAACAACAGCGAUCUGAAAUCCAGGUCAAUGUCCGAGCCGAGCACUCCAAGAAAUUGGAUACCUUCACUGCGAACCCAGAAGGACCACUGCACAAAAGAGCGAAAGGGAUGGUCCAUAACCAUUCAUGACCUCUCCGGCUCACCUGUAGCCGUCGCAUCAAUGGUGACUCCCUUCGUCGCCUCCCCAGGCUCACAUCUCGUCAGCCGGUCGAACCCAGGGGCUUGGCUCAUUCUCCGACCGGGCGAAGGCACAUGGAAGCCAUGGGGUCGCCUCGAGGCGUGGCGAGAGCGCGGCGGCUCCGACUCAGUCGGCUACAAAUUCGAGCUGCUGAGUGAUACGGCGGCUUCGACCACCCUAGCUAACUCCGUCGUCAGCGCCACCAGCGGCGGGAAGUUCGUCAUCGACGUGACGAGCAAUGUGUCUCCGGUGAACAGCCCGCACAGCAGCUGCGACUUCGGAGGCGGGAUGGGCUCGGUGAGCGGGUCGAGGUCCGGAUCAGGAUCCGGGUCGGAUUUCGGGUUCGGAAUCCCGGCCCAUUAUUCGUACAGAGGGUUUGUGAUGUCGUCGACGGUGGAAGGGGUUGGGAAAUGCAGUAAGCCGGAGGUGGAGGUGGGUGUGCAGCACGUGACGUGCGCAGAAGACGCUGCCGCUUUCGUGGCUUUGGCGGCAGCCAUGGAUCUGAGCAUGGAUGCUUGCAGGUUGUUUUCUCAGAAGCUACCCAAGGAAUUGAGGCAGUGGUAGAGGAGGGUUGUCGUUUGGUGUGGUUGCUUUGUCGUUUUGGAAAUUGGAUUCUUUUUUUUUUUUUUUUUUUUCUUUUUGCUGAUAAUUACUGACAGCAAAUUUUUAGCUGCAUUUUUUUUUAUUAUUUUUUUGAGAGAGGUGACACUGUACAGUGAGGAAUGACUAAGCAGGGAAUUUGUUUUUAUUAAUUCGAUAUUUCUUGUGAUUUGUGUA